AUGGAUAGCCUGUACGGGGAUUUACCCCCCCCAGUUUCCUCAAACUCAAAUAGUAGUAACAAAUUAGGGAAAGGUGAAAAUACGAACACAUCAAAUGAGGGAAAAAAUACAUAUAUUGAAAUAAACAAAUUUUUAAUAACACCUGCAAUUGUUCAGAAGAAAAUUGCAAAUAUAAAAAAUGUAAACAAGGAAAAGAAUUUACAAAACAGCUAUGAUAAUAAUAAGGAUGGAGGGAAUAAAGGUUUCAUUACAAAGGGCUCCAAUUAUGGAGAUGAUGAAGAUGCCAUAUUAACAUGCGGUGAUAAAAUUAUAAGUAAAGAUAAUAGUAUGAAAAGCAAUGAAAGUAUAAGAAGUGAUACCAAUAUAGAAAUAAUAAAUAUAAAUAAGUCCAUUCAAAACGAUUUAAAGAAAAUUAGUUAUCGACUGAAUAAGAUACAGCAGAGUAACAAAAGCGAACAAAUAGCUAGUAGUCAUAAUAUCCAUCGUGGUUCUGGGCAUGAUGACAAUCGAGAACAGUCGAGGAAAGACAGAAACGAAGAAAUGAACAAAGAAUAUGGCAAAUUUAAUGAGAGUAAUAACAAAAUGGAUAAUUUAAAUGACGAUGGUAUUAAUAAUAAUUCAAAGAAUACAUAUUUUGAAAAUGGCUUAUAUGAGAAAUAUUUCAUAACAGAUGCUAACGAAGAUUACUAUCCAAAUAAACCUAACGAUUUAAAUAAAAUUAUAAAAGAAAGAAAAAGGAAAAAAUUAAUUCUAUUAGCAUUGCAGAGAAAAAAACUAGAGGAAGAACAAAUGGAAGAAACAACGAAAGAAGAAAGCAAUAGAACUACAAUAAAGGAAUAUGAUAAGAUGAGUAAGAAUGCGAAUUAUGGAUAUGCAGAUAAAAAUUGCUACACGACAAAGGAUCACUUAUUGAAUGCAGAAAAGAAUAGGAAAGAUUAUGUAAAUAGCACAAUAUUAUCACAGGAGGAACAAGAUGAAGAAAAUAAUAUGCAAAAAGAAUAUAAAUUAAAAGAGAGAAAAAGAAAAAUAAUAGGAGAGGAGUACAAAACAAUGGAAGAUGAAAAUGAACAAAUGAAUAUAAUCUAUACUGAAAAAUUAACGAACAAAAUACCACAUAAUUUGUAUAAUACAAAUAACAUGGAAAAAAUGAUAGAUGACAGUAAUGAUGAUUAUAUGAACAAAGGCAAAGAAAUGGUUUCACGUAAAGCUUAUGGUAAGACAUAUGGUAUAACGUAUGACUAUCCAAAUGAUAAGUUAGUUGACCAACCGAAUGAACAACCGAUUGACAAACCGUUUGACAGAUCGAAUAAUGAAGUUGACGCCCCUGUGAAGAAAGAUUUCGCUACUAGAAUGAUGGAAAAAAUGGGUUGGAAAAAAGGUGAAGGGUUAGGUAAAGACAAACAGGGUAUUAAAGCUCCAUUGAUAUUACAGAAGGUAGAUAAAAGAAGUGGGGUAAUAAUACAAGCACCUGUUAUUUUAAAAAAAAAUAAUUCAAAUGAUAGCAUUAAUUCUUGUGAUAGUAAAACUAUUUCAAGGAUCAUUCAGCUAACUAAUCUAGUAACUGUUGAUGAAGUAGAUGAUACGUUAAAAGAAGAAAUCGAAGAAGAAGCUUCAAAAUUUGGAAACUUACUAAAUAGCAAUAUUGUAAUUGACAAAAACUUACAUGAUGCUUUUGCUGUUAAAAUAUUCUGUGAGUAUGAAUCAUCUGAUCAGGCACAAAAUGCCUUGAACACAUUCAAAGGAAGAACCUUUGCUGGUAGAAGAGUUGAAGCUUCCUUUGCAGAUGAGAAAGAAUACACCACCAAUUUGAAAGUCGACUGA